CAUCAACAAAGCAAGAGAAGGAUUUAUCAACUAAAAGGACACGUAAAGCACCCACGUGGCUGAGGGAGUAUCGGUAUUAAAAUAGAAUUACUUCAGCCAAAUAUUUAAUUUGUUAUUUCUGUUUUGAUUACAACAAACUAGACAGGUGUCCAAUUGUGAGGCAAAGAGGGAUAUCCAUACUCCAUUAUAUAUGUAAAACUUUCCAACAAAAUGAAGGAAUCCAAUUGCUUCAAUUCUUCUCCUCUUUCUGCUUAGGAGGCGCACAACCUCGAAUUGUGCAAUUAUUUUCUUAACAUUUGGUGCUCUUGUUGAGAGUAAAACUUGGAGGUCAGCCACGGUAAAUCAAACCCGAGUUAUGUAUCACAAGCUCUUGAAGAUUGCCUGAAUCGCUUGGCGUUGCAUGACAGGCAGUUCAGUUCUUUCGACAACAUUCUCAAGGAAACCAGCUUGAAAUUGAUGCCAAUAGAAGGUCGGAUAGAGCAGAGUCUGAGAAAUCCCAGUGUUGAUGUAUCAGGAUCAGCUACAAGUCCAACAAUCCGACAAGAGCAGGCAUUCGUAGGCGGGGGUAAUACUAUGCAACCUAUGAGAACUUUGAAGCUCGAUGUUCCGCGUUACAAUGGAGAGGAUCUGCAUGGAUGAAUUUUUAAGGAAUUCCUUAAGGCACUCUUGGUUUGAUUUGGACCUUCGGAGUACGGAGACAUCCAAGGUGAGCUAGCCAAGCUUAUCCAAACAACUAGUGUGGCUGAUUAUCAAUCAAGAUUCGAGGCUCUGGCUAAUCAAACAACUGGAGUUUCGGCAUCAUUUCUUCGGAGUUGUUUUGAAUCAGGGUUGCGCCAUGAUAUUCGACGAGAGGUAUGUGCAUUACAACCAAAAUCUCUUAUCCAAGCAGUAAAUCUGGCUAAGUUGAUGGAAGAUAAAUUCAGUGAUAUGGAUAUAAGAAAUUUGCCCAGCAAGCACACUUUUGUCCCAAAUAUCAAGCCAUAUCCCAGUCCACCCCUGUUAUCUACUCCCAAAAUUCCUCUGAGUAAUGCUUUGAUUAAUGUUAAGAGUUCCGGUAUACCCGUUAAGAGAUUGUCGGCGGCUGAAAUGAUGGAACGAAGAGAGAAGGGGCUGUGCUUUAACUCUGAUGAGAAAUUUGGAAAGGGGCAUAAAUGUAACACCAAACUCUCUGUAUUGAUGCUUGAAGAUGAGGAAAGUUUCGAUGAUAAUCAGUUGUUGCAAUUGGAAGGGCCCCAAGAAAAUAAGAAUAUCGUCGAGGAACCACCACCUACAAUCAGUUUCCAUGCUAUGGAUGGGCAACAUUUUCCUCGCACCUUGCGAUUUACAGGGACAAUCACAGGGCAAAAAGUUCAAAUUCUGAUAGAUGGAGGAUCUACUCACAACUUCAUCCAAGAGCGGUUAGUUCAACACUUACGGGUGCCCGUUCUUCCCUCCAAACAUUUCUCUAUACUAGUUGGGAAUGGAGAGUCCAUAGCUUGCACAGAGCGUUGCCCACCUCUUCCAAUAUGGAUCCAACAACAAUCAUUUCUAGUUAAUUUCCACAUCUUACCAAUACGAGGGGCAGAUGUCGUGCUAGGAGUACAAUGGCUUGAACAGUUGGGACCAGUAGUGAUGGAUUACAUGGCUUUGACCAUGUCUUUUCAUUGGGAAGGGCAGCAAGUAGAGCUCAAGGACGAGUCUCUUAUUGCUCAUAGGGCCAUUCAUUUUAACCAACUUAGGAGACUGUUGACAACUGAUGCUGUUAUGUGUUGUUACCAGCUAACUUCAAUAGAAUGAUCUAGGGAAGAAUUGGGAAGUGAGCUGACUGAACUGAAUGAUGAAGUACAGAAUGUUUUAAUCAGAAAUCAGGAGGUGUUCGAAGAUCCCAAAGCUUUACCUCCUCAACGGGACCAUGAUCAUCAAAUUCAUAUUAUACCUGGAGCAAAACCAGUUAGCGUUCGACCAUAUCGACACCCUCAUUUCCAAAAGGGGGCAAUAGAGAAGCUCAUAGUAGAAAUGUUGAAAUCUGGAGUAAUAAGACCAAGUAAAAUCCCUUACUCGUCUCUCAUGUUGUAGGUGAAAAAGAAGGAUGGCACAUGGCAGUUUUGUGUCGACUAUAGAGCUCUCAAUCGAGUUUCCAUACCCAAUAGUUUCCUAUUCCCACGGUCAAUGAAUUAUUAGAUGAGCUUUUCGGAGCCACUGUGUUUUCCAAGAUUGAUCCCCGUGCCGGAUAUCACCAGAUACGAAUGGAGCCCAAGGACAUUCACAAAACGGCAUUUAGAACUCACGAAGGUCACUAUGAAUUUGUUGUAAUGCCUUUUGGCCUUAUGAAUGUGCCUUCGACAUUUCAGGCUGCCAUGAACAGUUUGCUCAAACCAUUUCUAAGAAAAUUUGUGAUCUUUUUUUUUUUUUUUUUUAAUGAUAUUUUA